AUCGGAUAAGGCCACGAUUUCAAGGUUCAGAGCUUCUAGUCUUCGCGGCCAAACUUACCCUCAAAGUUGUGACGUAUCUUUUGCAACUCCAGUGUAGCUGUAUUUGGGGACGAAAAAGACAGAGAAAUGUUGUCCAUAUCCCUACUUCUCUUGGUAUUUCUCGUCGAGCUAGGCGCUCAUCUGGUAAAUACCGUGGGCGCCGCGACGAUAAAUAAUCUACUAUGGAACCUGUAUCUAGCCCUCCCGACACAGACCUCGGCGCAAGCCGCAGAGCAGAAGAAGCUGCAAAAAGAAUAUCUCUCCCUCCGCCGCGACCUGAAUGCUACGAGCAGCCAGGAUCAGUUUGCGAAAUGGGCGAAGCUCCGACGACAGCAUGACAAGCUCCUCGAGCAGCUGGAGAAGAUGAAAACUUCCCACGAAGCCUCGAAGGCGACUUUCGAUCGAUCCGUCAACAUUGUACGUUGGUUGGCUACGACUGGCCUGAAAUUCGUCCUCCCCUUCUGGUAUGCAAAGCAGCCGAUGUUCUGGCUUCCGCAAGGCUGGUUCCCGUACUACGUCGAAUGGAUCCUAUCCUUCCCACGAGCACCCAUCGGCAGCGUUAGCAUCGCAUCAUGGCAGACAGCUUGCACCGGAGUGGUCUUGUUGAUCAGUGAUACUAUCGCUGCAAUUCUAGGGUUGCUGCUGGGCGCAAAGAUGGCUCAGAAGCAACCAGUCGGGGUCGGCAUGGAGAAGGGUCCGAUACCCAAGUCACAGGAGGCGAAGAAUAAGAAGGAUUCAUGAAUACACGGGAUAACGGAAUACAUAGAUACAUAUGGACUACCGAGUUUACCUAUCAUAGUAGGUAGGAGGCAUGUCUCUCAUCUAAUUUGACGCAGAGUUUUUCAUCGCAGAAGCUAGGAACUCUGUAACACGAUUGAGAUGACUCUUGGCAGAGUACUUUGGGUCGCUCUAGGCAUCAUAUUGACUCUAACGACCAUCGAGAAGGGAGAUCGCCAAAGCUUCGAAAGUGCCAUCAACAUGUAUGUCAUAAUAGUCUUACCUUGAUAUGAUUCCUACGCUUUCCAUUUCGGCUCUAGGACAACUUUUAUCAUAGUCCUGAGCGUAUCUCGAGCGAAACCGGUAAUUUUGAUGUGCAAUUCAUAUUCCCCUUGAUUCACCAAGUACUCAACUUUGACAAUGAUGUGUAUAAAUCUUCUACCAUGAAGAAAUGACUUU